CGUAAAUAUUGUCGAUCUCACUCACUCCAACCCGUACAAAUUGAAUCAUUCAUUCUGUUCUUGUUUCAAGGUAUUUGCCAGGUAGAUCAAGAAAACUAAACGACUGGAAGUACGUAAUAUGUUAAGAUAUACAUAUGUAUAUGUGCUCACUACCCUUCUCAAUAACUCAACAAUUCAUUCGGCAUUUACUUGCGAAUUUCAGAACAGUUCAAAAGGUCUCAUUUUCAUUCGUGCUUUCAGUUUUUACCUAACCUGCUUCAUUAGUCGUGUAAAAAAUAUAUAAUAAUAAUAAUACUAAUUAUUGUGAAAACUAAUUUCUGUGUUGAAAUAUAGUUCAAAAACUCAUAAAGUAAAUAAGUGACUCAGUUUUUAAAUUGUAAAAUAAUCAUUCAUUUCGGCGAAUAUAAAACAACAAAAAAAGGAAACAAAAAGUUCGUUAAAGACGCUCAGUCAGUUAUCAACCGUUCCAAGACAACAGAAGAGAAAGAGACAGUAGUGUGUGCUAAAAAAGAGAGAAUAAGUCGGCAAAAAAAAUAUUAUUCUUUUGAGAGAUUUUCUUAGUUUAAAAUUGAAAGUCGAGUGAAUUACAUUAGAAAAAGAUGGUGUCUGGAAAUAAAAUGCUAAAUGUUCGCGUUACGACAAUGGAUGCCGAGCUGGAAUUCGCCAUCCAGCAAAGCACCACAGGAAAGCAACUUUUUGAUCAAGUCGUGAAGACAAUAGGCCUUCGAGAAGUUUGGUUCUUUGGACUACAAUAUACAGAUCCAAAAGGAGAUCUAACAUGGAUUAAACUUUAUAAGAAGGUGAUGAGUCAAGACAUUCAGAAAACGGAUCCAUUACAAUUCAAAUUCCGCGCAAAGUUCUAUCCAGAGGAUGUAGCCGAGGAGCUCAUUCAAGAUAUUACGCUUCGAUUGUUUUAUUUACAAGUGAAGAACGCCAUUUUAUCUGAUGAAAUUUACUGUCCUCCAGAAACUUCCGUCUUACUUGCUUCAUAUGCUGUACAAGCACGUCACGGUGAUUUCAAUAAAGGAACACAUGUAGCAGGUUUCUUAGUCAAUGAUAGAUUGCUUCCACAGCGUGUUAUUGAUCAACAUAAAAUGUCCAAGGAUGAAUGGGAGACAUCGAUUACAACAUGGUGGCAAGAACAUCGUGGUAUGUUACGUGAAGAUGCAAUGAUGGAAUAUUUAAAGAUUGCUCAGGAUUUGGAAAUGUAUGGAGUCAAUUACUUUGAAAUUCGUAAUAAGAAAGGAACAGAAUUGUGGCUCGGUGUUGAUGCAUUGGGGUUGAAUAUCUACGAAAAGGAUGAUAAGCUUACACCUAAAAUUGGCUUCCCAUGGUCUGAAAUCCGUAAUAUUUCAUUUAAUGACAAAAAAUUCAUUAUUAAACCAAUUGAUAAGAAGGCACCAGAUUUUGUCUUUUUUGCUCCACGUGUUCGUAUCAAUAAGCGUAUUCUUGCUUUAUGUAUGGGCAAUCAUGAGUUGUAUAUGCGUAGAAGAAAGCCCGAUACCAUUGAUGUUCAACAAAUGAAGGCACAGGCUCGCGAGGAAAAGAAUGCAAAGCAACAAGAACGCGAGAAACUUCAAAUGGCACUUGCUGCACGUGAACGUGCUGAAAAGAAGCAACAAGAGUAUGAGGAUCGUCUUCGCACCAUGCAAGAGGAAAUAAAUCGUUCACAAGCUAAUCUUAUGGAAGCCCAAGAUAUGAUUAGACGCUUGGAAGAGCAAUUGAAGCAAUUGCAAUUAUCCAAAGAUGAACUUGAAUCACGUCAAAAUGAGCUACAAGAAAUGCUUACACGUUUGGAGGAAAGUAAGAAUAUGGAGGCAGCUGAACGCCAAAAAUUGGAAGACGAAAUCAAUGCCAAACAAAUCGAGGUUGCUAAAAUUCAAGAAGAAGUUGCUGAAAAAGAUUCCGAAACGAGACGGCUACAAGAAGAAGUUGAAGAAGCACGCCUCAAGCAGCAAGAAGCAGCUGCCGCAUUAUUGGCUGCCACACAAACACCUCAGCAUCAUCAUUUGGCUGAAGAGGAAAAUGGAGAUGAUGAUGAUAUGACAAAUGGCGAUAAUGGAUCAGGCGGUGGAGAUGUGUCGCGUGAUUUGGACACAGAUGAACAUAUCAAGGAUCCAAUUGAAGACAGACGUACGCUAGCUGAACGUAAUGAACGAUUACAUGAUCAAUUGAAGGCAUUGAAACAAGAUUUAGCUCAGUCACGUGAUGAUACAAAGGAAACAGUAAAUGAUAAGAUUCAUCGAGAGAAUGUACGUCAGGGACGUGAUAAAUAUAAGACGUUGAGAGAAAUUAGAAAAGGAAAUACAAAACGUCGUGUGGAUCAAUUUGAGAACAUGUAAAAAUAUUUUGUUUGGGAUGAUGAUAAUGAUGAUAAUGUAAAUAAGCACUGCAGCAUUUACGAUGAGCAAUUAACAAAGUUAAUAAUAAUAAUAACAGCAACACAUAUAAAAACACACAAAAGGACUUUCUUGCAGCAUACAUAUAAAUUACUACUUUAUACUGUCUAUAGACUUUUUUAAACGAUAAAAAAAAAAUCAUCCUACAAUCAAUUGCUGUACGAUCAUCCAUAUCGUACCAAUUACAGCUCAUUACAUUGUGCUUAAAUAUCGCUUCCUACUUAUCAAAUAGUUUUUUUUUUUUAUUUUUUAUACGAGAAAAAAAUUGCAUUGUUACAAAAAAAAUUAAUAUUUUUUUAAUUGAAAAAUAUGUGUAAUCAAUCAGGGUGUGUCGAUUCUUGAUAUUUAUGACUGACUAUUAGAUUGGAAUGCUUUUUGGGAAUCAUUUUGAAAAUAACGGUAGUUUUGAAUUCAAAAAGUCACGAAUAUUUUUAAAUCUUUGAACUUGAAAAUAACGGAUUUUUUGAAUUUUUGAACUUGGAAGUAAAUAUGAAAAGUGGGUUUUUUUCAAAUUUUGCUCAAUAACUGAAUUUUGUUCAUCAAUGCCUAAUAUUGUCCAUGAUUCCAUCAAAUUGAGUCUCAAAAAGUUUUUCUUGCCUCUAAUGAAUCAGCUAUACUUCCAAAAAUCGUCAAACCUUAAUAAACACCCAAAAACUACAGUAAAUGGGUGCAUAAAUUUCAUUCAAUCAAUCAUUUAUAUAAUGUUAUGACAUAUUAAUAUUGAUAUGAAACAUUCUUAGGCCAUUAUCCACUAUAUAAGAAAUUUCUUGAUGAAACAAAUAAACGGUGUAUAUCAAACACACAAAACAAGAUAGAAGAAUGAUAAUAAUGAUUAUUUUUGUGGAUUUAAAAGCAUGUUACAUUUUUUUGCAUUUUUGUUUAAGUUAUUUACUUUAACAUAUCUUCCUCUACCCUAGCCCUUCUUUUUAUAAAAGUUUAUAUUAUUAUUACUAUAAUUAUAAUUAUUAUCUUUCUGUUGCUUCUUGGUGGACUUGAAUGUAAAUUAUACAAGUAUUAUGGUAGGCGAAACUUUUUGCACUUUUUAUAUAAAUUGAAGA